GGCAGACGGCGCGAUCGAAAACAAACCAGCGGACCGUGAAGGUGCUGAGGAUAUUCCACAUCGCAUUGUUGUUGUAGUAGAUGUGGUUGUUGUUGCUGUUGCUGCUGCGGUUGCUGUUAUCGUAAAUUUGCGCAGUUCGUUCGCUAAUAGAAAAAACGAGAAGAGAGGGACGCGACUAGAGAGCGCGCGCAAAAACUAAACGGUUUUUUUUUUCAUUACAAAGAGACGACAAGCCGCUUGCGUCGCCGCACCUUCUUGCCUUACCGUGCCAGGCCACCUUUCCAGCAUUCCCGCAGCAUCCUUGCCCACCGCCGUGAAGCCAUUGCCGUGAGCGUCCGUCGCGUGUCCGUGUAACUAUAAAAAAUCUGUGCCGUCCGCAGAGCACCAUCAUCGCAUCAAUUGCACUAAUUUCUUCAAUCAACGGACAAGGCAACCACAACGAAACCAAGAUUUCCAGAUUUUUAAACGAGUGAAACUAGCGAAAAUUGUUUAACAAGUAACUAAACUUCGAAAGACAAAGACGACGCCAACGACGACGAUGCCUUAUCAGCCAGCAAACAGCAGUGGAAGCACCGGGGGCAGCAAGACGGCUGCCAAGAUGGCGCAGCUGAAGUUCUGGAAUAAGCAAAAUAGCAGCAAGCAGCAACAGCAGGACAAGGACAAGGACACCGUCAACGAGGGCAGCAUCACCAGCGGAAACAACAACAGCGGCAGCAGCAACGGUGGCGACUCUAAAAGCGAGUCGAAAAGCGGCAAGCGCAACUGGCUGCACACGCCCGAGCAGCUCAUCAGCGGACAUGCGGUCUAUCUAGUCAAGUUCUUUGGUAACCUGAGCGUGGACCAACCCAAGGGCAUCGAGGUGGUCAAGGAAGCCAUAAGGAAACUGCAGUUUGCGCAGCAAAUGAAGAAGGCGGCCACGGGCACCCAGGAGAAGUUUACGAAGCUCGAGAUAACCAUCAGCAUCAAGGGGGUGGCCAUCCAGGAGCCGCGCACCCACAAGAUUCUGCACCAGUUUCCGCUGUACAAUAUCUCGUAUUGUGCGGACGAGAAGGGUGUCAAGAAGUUCUUCAGCUUCAUUGCCAAAACGGUCAAGACACGGGAGGGCGAGUUGACGACAACCUCAAAUGGCCACACCAAUGGCAGCGGUAGCCCCAAAACCGAGGAGAGCCACGAGUGCUUUGUCUUCAUUUCGAACAAAUUGGCCUCGGACAUAACGCUGACCAUCGGCCAAGCCUUCGAUUUGGCCUACAGAAAGUACAUGGACAGCACCGAGAAGACAAAUCUGAGCAAGGCGCAGCAGCAGAUCAAUUAUCUGCAGCAAACAGUUUCCCUGUACAAGGAGCGACUGAGUGAAUUAUCCUCAAAAUUGCCAAAGGCCGAGCUGGAUGCCAUGCUCUUUAAACUGGGCAUCAAGGAUAUUCUGGAGGUGCCACCUUCCAGUGAGCUGCAGAAUGGAAUCGAUGCCAGCGGCGAGGCUCUGAGCAACGGCAAGCUGGACGAGGAUAAGCUGCUGAUUGACACAAUUUCCACGACGGCAUCGGUACACUCCACGUCGCCCAGCUCCUUCUUGCCCAUUGUGCCGCCUCGGAACAAUCUGUCUAGCCAGAUCAGCAUCAGCGGCAAGAGCAACAGCCAGAAGAUGGAUGAGCUGCUGCUGAACUCCGACUCGGACAGCGAUUUCGAUCCACGCGCGGAAGAGUCCACACAGGAUAGCCAUGGCAGCAAUGGCCGCAAUGCUAUCAGCAAUGAUUUGUUUGGCUUCGAGCCACCCAAGAGCUUUGGCCAGCAACUCUUCUUCAACAACAACGAUCACAAGUUGCAGAACAACAACACCAACAGCAACAGCACCAACAACAACAACAUUACCAAUAGCAGCUUAUUAAUAAACAGCACCAACAGCAUCAGCAUGAACAGCAGUGGCUUCUCCAGCGAGCUAAACAUAACGCCGCCUUUAUUGGCACCGCCGCCAAAGAUUGCUGCACCCAGGCGCAGCACCUCGGUGACAACUAGCAAUGGGCUGAAUGGCAACACGGAUCUAUUCGGCUCGGAUCCCUUUGAGAUGAGCAAUGGCCCGACCAUAUUUAAGCAAAAUCAGCUGAACAUCGACGACUUCUCGCUGGAGAGUUUGGAUCCCUUGCGGAAGUAGAUAUGAAGGAAGUGCUAUCAAGGCCAUUUCACCAGGGAAAAGCAAUUUCAGUUAAUCCCAUGGGAUGGAUGUUUAAUCGUUAUCCGUUAACCUUAUCCGUUUCAAACAUUUCCCCCUAAAUGUUUCUCCGAUUCGCACGCAUUCCAACUCGAAUUAUAGAAUGUGUAUUAUUGUUAAUAUAUAUAUUUGUAUUGUAUUGUAUUUAUUAUCAUUGAUUUUUGUCGAUUUUAUAUUGCAUUAUUAUGAUGAUGAUUUUCCCACUAUUAUUAUUGUAAUUAUAAAUAUGAUUAUUAGCCGAGCUGGAGAGAUCAAAUCAAAGGAAAAACAAAGAGUAAAACAAACAUCAUCCCAUUUGUUGCUGUUGUCGAAAAGUAGUCUAAAUGAAGGUCGAGCGAACAAUGUUAAAGAGUGAUAAUGUGAAAAAGCGAUAAAACUAAAACUAAAACUAAAUGUGAGAACUUGUAUAAAAUAAUUGUAAAGAGAAGCCCAAACGAAUGAGAACCGAUUAUUGUAUAGCACAGCAAAUGAACAAUAUUUAA